UUUAAAUAAAAUAAGAACAAAAAUACUAUGCUUUAUAUAUAAAUAUAUGAACGUACUGUUGUAGUUUAUGUUUUAUAAGAACACAGUGGUCAGCUUCUAAUCAAUCAUUAGCAAUUCCAAUUGAGACUCUCCAUACAUAUUUUAGUAUUUAAUAUAGCAGAGCCACUGUACAGACUUGUAUUUUUUAUAGGUCAUGGCAGGGGUUGACUUGAUCCAAACGCAGAGCUCCUUGGAGGAUGGCCAGUCAGAGGUGGAAGUAUUACAAUGUAUUUUUUCUGAUGAAAUCAAUGUAACAUCAAACAGAGAGAGUAAAUACAGCAAAGAGAUCAGCAUAAAACCAAACAAUCUUGGAUUAGCUUUUUGCUUCUCAAUUCCAGAAAUGUAUCCAGAUUGUCCACCAAGAAUUGAGGUGAUACCUGAAACCUUCAGUUUGACUGAUCAGCAAACAGGGGAUCUUCUACAGAACAUGUAUCAAGUUGCAAGAGAGAUGGUUGGCACACCAAUGAUCCUAACCAUCAUUGAAGCAGCUAAAGAUCAUCUGGAUAAGAUGGAAGUCAACUACACAAGACCUUUAGACAUUGAGGAUAAUGCCAAAAAGAAUUGCAAAACUCCCUGCUCUUUCUUCUUGAAAGGAAAAUGUCGUUUUGGUACUAAGUGUCUUAAUUUACAUCCAGGCCAUAAAGAGGUCAACCAUGAAAAUGAGAAUGAUUGCAUGGUUAAUGAUGAGGAGAACAAAAGUAAGGAUAGAGGUCAGGAGAAUGAUGAUAAUGGUGAAAGUGAAAAAUGUGUGAAUGGGAAGAAACCUCCUAUGAAGACCGCCUGUGAUGUUAUUUCUCGUAUCCAGUGGGAUCCUGAGCUAAGCCCAAGGCAUUUUAUUGUUGGGUAUUUAGACAGAUUCUUAGGCAUCCUAGAGCAGCCAUUCGAGGCAUUCAGUUGGGUAGAUAUCGCAACAGUCGAUCUCAAUACAUUAGCGAUUCCCAGACACCGGAUUCAGUACUUCAAGUAUCAAGAUGAGAUAGUAUGGGAUAAGCGAGUUCGUCUGGACAAUGUUUUUGGAUCUACAGGAAGCCAGACAACUAUCACAGAUGUUGUAAAGAAAUUUCAAAAGGAGGGAAUGUCAGAUGAGGAGAAAGAAGUUGAUGAAAUUGAUGUAGAACUCAAUGCUGAAGAUGAAGAAAACUUAGAAAAAUCAGAAGACAAACCAACCAAAAGGAAAAUUAACAGAAAUGUACCAAAUUACUUCAUUGCAAUUCGAAUUGAUAAUGAAGAAAUUCUAAAAAAUGUUAAAACUGUUCAAGAUUUAAUAUUAUCUAAUGAGCCCACUUUGGAACCAGCCUGCACAACCCUGUCCAGUCUCCAUGUUACCUUGUGUACACUACGACUUGACAGUAAUGAUGAGAAAAUGACUGCACUGAAAGUGUUGAAGGACCUCCAACAUGAAGUUUCUCGGCUACUGCCACCAAGCCUCCUUCUCCGCUUUGAGGGUCUGGACAAUUUCCACGACAGGGUUCUUUUCAGCCCACCUUGUCCAGAAUCAGCUCUCACUAAUUUAAUCAAGCGAUUGCAAACAAAAUUUAGCGAAGCAGGUAUUAGUCUUACUGGGACACGUGAUACACCGAAUACUCACAUGACUAUAUUGAAGUUGAGAAGGUGCAAUGCAGAAUCCCUAGGUACCCCAUACUUAGAUAAGAGUUACUACAGUCCGUUUCAGCACACUUAUUUUGGUAUCCAGUCGGUCAGUGAUAUUCACUUGUGCUCCAUGAUUAACGGCCUGCGACCUGAUGGUUUCUAUGACCGUUUAGCAAGUGUCAAUUUGUACGAUGAGUACAAUGUGCAAUAAGACAGUUUAAGUUCGAUCCGCUGAGCAAUGUUUGCGAUUAUGUUCCAAUUACAGACCUUGCAAGUUGUAUUUAAAUAUUUUUAUUAUGAAAAAUGAUGUUAAGCAAAUAAAAAUUAAACUGAAUUGAAUGUACAUGUUGAAUAUUAGCAAAACCUGAACUGCCUACAUGUUAUUGGACGUUAAGAACUACUGUAUUUGUUCUAAAUGAACAAUUAAGUACUUGAAAUUGGGGCAUGUUUUUCCAGAUUUUACCAAAGACGUAUAUAUAAUUUUUUAAAUCGUAGAAAUUUUAUUGUACAUUUAGUAUGUUUUAAAAAUUUGCCUAAUAGAUAGUGAAUUUAUAUUUAAUCAGUAUAAAAUAAAGUUGUUGAUAUAUUGUAUUUGUAUUGCAGUCAAGUUUGCUCAAUGAUUUUUGAAUAUUGUAGAAACCUCCUUGACGAUUUUUUUUUAUACCUUAUUUAGCGAACCCGUCGAACGCAAAUAUUGAUGACUUUGAAUAAAAAUAAAAUUUUAUUUUUGGCCAAUUAGCGCACCCACUGCUAAUUAUAUAAAUUUGAAGCAUUUAACCAUCCCAUUUUACUUUCACCUCCAUCUGGAUUUUUUUGGCAAAACUAAUUGCUAAUUAAGAAAACAAAAUUUUAUUUUUAUUCCGCCCUUCUCCAACGAAACUAGGAUUAAAAAGUGUCUCGUCUUAUGUGCAUUAUAAUAUAUGUUUAUAUUAUGGUAUGUGCAACACCUUCCAUUCAGUUUGAUGUCAAAUCUGACCACUGCUGUUGUGAAUGAAUGCGAUAGUAAUUUGUGAUCAUAAUGGUGGUGUUCUAACACAUUAUAGUGGCCCUGCUAUUUUGCUCCGAUGAGAAGCUCUACUGCCUCUAUUACUGUAUACUGCCCUCAUGAGGCUGAUUAAUUAA